AUGCAGCUAACUGGCCUCCUCCCUGUGCUGGCUUCUCUCCAGGUCCUUCCCCAGCUGGUGUCACCUGCAGCCGCCCUGCAAACCCCCACCAUCAUCGUACAGCCCCAGCACCCUGUGUAUUUCCCGGGGGAGCGUCUCACCCUCAGAUGCUCAGCCCCUGACGAGGAGGCGGUGACCAGCUACCAGUUCUACAAUCAGCACGGGGAACGGGUCUUCACAGAAACCACCGGCCUGCCUGGGGGGCCCUGGCUGGUCCUGACGGCUGAGACGGGGAAGGCCGGGGCGUACAGCUGUGAGUACUGGGCAGUGAGAGACGGACGGCACAUCUACUCUGCACGCAGCCAGCCCGUCCCGGUACCAGUGAUGGAUUUCCCUGCUGCUCCAUCCAUCUCUGUGAUUUCUGAUCCCCCCGGGAACAGCCCUGUUACCAUCCUAUGCUUGGCCCUUCCGGGACACAUGGCUACAAGGUACCAGUUCCUGAGGCAGGGGAAUGUCAUUGUCUCACAGCCGGGUGCCCGUCUCCAGCUCCGUCAGUCUGAUUUAGAUGCUACCAGCCCUUACACCUGCAGCUAUGAGGUGAAUGUCUCAGGAAGAACGAUCCAGUCACUGCCGAGUGCCCCCCUCUCAAUCCAUCUGAUAGGGCCUUCCGUGAUCCCGGAAAACUUUCGGCCAACUCUGCGGCUGUCCCCAACGGGCCCUGAGUUCACCACUGGUAAGUCUGUUACCCUGACGUGCUCAGCUCCCAGCUGGGAGAAGAAGAUGCAGUUCUGCUUCCUCAAGGCCGGGGAACAAGUGGCAUGCACGAGACAGGCCCUGGAGGACUCUCAGAGUUACCAGAUUGGCAGACUCGGCAUGGAGGAUUCUGGUUCGUACACCUGUACGUACCGGGUAGCCGAACCUGGGCAGGAGAUCUCCUCCCUAGAGAGCCAGCCCAUCUCCAUCAGAGUCACAGAUCCCCUGCCAGCCCCUGCGCUCUCUCUGAGCCCCCAGCACCCUGUGUACGUGUGGGGAGAGCGGGUGACCCUGGAGUGUUCGGCUCCCGGGGGCCCGGAGGUGGCUGGAUACAGGUUCUACAAGAGACACCGAGGCCGGGCCCCCGAGGAGCUGCCUGCAGGGGCCACGGGGCCCUUAGAGAUGCUCACAGUGGAGGUGGGAGAUCCCAGCGAGUACAGCUGUGCCUAUUGGGUCCUGCGAGCCAGCCAGGAGAUCCCCUCCCGGGAGAGCCCCCCUGUGCCCAUCGCUGUGAUCGCCCCCCUGCCUGCCCCUUGGCUCACCGCGAGCCCAGCACACCCGGUCUACGUCGUGGGAGAAGCCGUGGCUCUGACCUGCUCGAUUCCUGGGGCUCCCACGCUGGCCACGGUUCAGUUCUCCAAGGACGGAGGGGAGCUCCCCUCACCUCUGCUCAGCGACAGCCCCACCCUGCAGCUCGCCAGCGUGGGCACGGGGCACGCCGGGACCUACUCCUGUCGGUACCAGAGGUGGGAGUCCGGGAGAGAGAUCUCAUCCCCCCCCAGUGGGGCCGUCGUCAUCUCCGUGCUGGAUCCCCCUGGGAAGCCCUCGGUGUCCCUGUCUCCAGACUAUCCGGCCUACGUGGCUGGAGACAGGGUGGAAAUUAACUGCUCGGCUCCCCCCGGUGCCUCCCCGGUGCAGUACGGGCUCUACGAGAGCGGGGAGCCGCUAGGAUCCGUGACGGGAAACGCUGGGACUCGGCAGAUGGAUCUUCAAGACAAUGGCGCCAGAAACGCAACCUGGUCCUUCUCCUGCGCCUACGUGGAGCUGAUCCAGGGCAGGGCAGUGCCCUCCAAUGCCAGCGACCCCGUCUCCGUCUCCGUGUUCCCAGCACCGCCCGCCCCAUCCCUGCGGCUCAUCCCGCCCCUCCCGCUCUACGUGACGGGGGAGACGGUGACGGCCGAGUGCGUCGUCCCCGCUGGGCCCUACGUCCCCUGGGCCCACUGGGUGCGGAGAGACGGGGAGGCACUUCGAGAGCAGCCGGGGCCCCGGCUCUCCCUGAACAUCACCCCCAGCGACAGCGGGACCUACCGGUGUGGGUACAGCACAGAGCUCCAUGGGCGCCACCUCCGCUCACCCCCCAGCGACCCGGUGCCACUGAGAGUGACUGAUCCCCCUCCCCAGCCAGUGCUGAGGGUGGAUCCACCGUCCGGAGUGGUGAGUGAAGGGCUCCCCCUGCUCAUCACCUGCAUGGCCCCCGGGGACGCCAGCGAGAGGAGGUUUCACUUCAACAAGGAUGGAGCUGAGCUCGUCCCUGGGGACACAGGGUCUGAGAUCAGCACCACAGAGCCCAGCACCGGCUCUAUGAACUUCUCUGUGCUCAGCAUCCUGCGAGCCGGUCCCAGCAACACCGGGGAAUUCAGCUGCGGGUACGAGGUGAACAUGAGCAGCAGGUGGAUCCCAUCCCCCAGGAGCCAGGCUGUGAACGUCACUGUGACAGCUACCCGCCGGCUCUCCACGUAA